GUCUUUCCCCUGGUGAACUCCAUUGGGUUGAACGAACAGGAGCUGCUCUUCCUCACACAGUCUGCCUCUGGUCCCCACGCCUCCCUCGCUUCCUGGAGCGGAGUUCCCGAUGUGGGUGUAGUCAGCGACAUCCUCUUCUGGAUCCUGAAGGAGCACGGGAAAAUGGCAGAGCAAGCCUCUGAUCUCACGCGGAUCCACUUCCACACCCUGGCUUAUCACAUCCUCGUCACGGUGGAUGGGCACUGGGGCAACCAGGUUGCUGCUGUGGCUGCCGGAGCUCGAGCAGCCGGGACUCAGGCCUGUGCGACUGAAACCAUUGAUACCAACAAAGUCUUUUUGAAAGCUCCUUUGGAGUUUGUGACCUCCCAGAUGGAGGCACCUUCCAAAAUCUCUUUAAAUCCAGAUGAGCCAGUGGUGCAUUGGCACAGAGAAGGCAUCUCAUUCCAUUUCACUCCCGUUUUGGUGUGUAAGGAUCCUGUCCGGACCGUGGGACUUGGGGAUGCUAUUUCAGCUGAAGGACUGCUAUACUCAGAAUUAUAUCCUCAAUAGAAGACUGAAACCCUCCUUUUUCUCCAGUACUGUAUGGUGUCUGAGGAACCAUGGUGUUCUCAUUAGGAUUUCAGCCAGUGACAAGGAACAGAAUCGGGGUGUGGUGUGUUUUCUGGAUAUAACUGACAAAGAGCCAAAGAAUAAUUCCAGGUAUAAACUGUCAGAUACAUUCCAGUCACUUGGCAGUGACUUGAACGCUUCAUGUUUAGGUGCAGACGUUUUAAUAUUUAAUGUGAAAAUUGGCUUUGCUUUGUCUUAAGCGUAUGGGGAGGGAGACAAAUAUCAAAAUCCCAGUUUGGCUAAGGUUUGCUGUUUGUAACUCUGAUGAGUCUUGUCCGUUAGUGCUGGAGAAGUAUGGCAGCCAGGAGAAUUUCCUGCGUGUGGAUCCCAGGGAGAGCACAGCAGUGCUCAGCCCUCUCUUGCCUCUGAUAAAUUAAAAAUAAAAGGCUCUUGCAUUAUCUCCUCACAGCACAUUGCUAUGUGGCAAGAGCAAAUCUUCCGCUUGC